AUGGUGCAUAAUGAGAAUUACUUCGGUGGAAGAUUGAUUUCUGUUGAAAUCACAUGGUAUGGUGGUGGCAAUGUAGUAUCUGUGGUGGGAUCGUGGAACAACUGGCAGACUAAGGAGGACUUGCAGAAUAUAGGAAAAAUUGCUUCUGUUACUAUGAUGCUUCCAUUAGGAAUACACUACUUUUGCUUCAUUGUUGAUGGAGAGUAG